AUGCAGAACGCUCGGCAGAUUGAGAGCUGCACUGGUGGGGUUACCACUGGAGCUGGUGGGGUUACCAGUGGAGCUGGUUCAGAACGGCCACAUGUGUGUGACAUGCCGGGUGCGGCUCUGCUGGACAGAGCUGCGAUGAGAGAUGCUACUGGAGGGGAUGUGCUGGCAGAUGCGGUAGCCGGCGGGCAGAGGCAACGGCAGGGAAUGGGGGGUGCUGACAGGGGUAGAGAAGAAGGGAACGCUGAAGGCUGUGAGGGGAGGGGUGGAAGAGAGGUGGGUAGGAGAGGGGGUGCUGUGCGAGGAGGCGGCAUUGUGAGAGGGGGUUCAGUGAGAGGGGGUUCAGUGAGAGCAGGUGUGGCGAGCAGGCGUGGUGUGAGUGGGCGGUUACAAAGCGGCGGGCUGUUGGAGAUGUUUGGCGUGGCGGAGGUGGUGCCGCCUUCCAGCACUGAGGUGACUGAAGAUGGGAGUAGCGAGGAGGACGGGGAGGAGGAUGUGGUGGAGGUGGAGGUGGUGGGGGAGGAAGAGAAUGGAGAGGAAGAGGAAGAGGAAAAGGAGGAGGGGGAGGAAGAAAAGAAGAAGGAAGAGGAAGGUGAAGUGGGAGGGGAGAAGGUCAAAGGGGAUGUGAGGGGAGGGGGAAGAGAUCGAAGGAAGGGGGGCGAUAGAGAUGAAAGUGGGUGCAGGAGUGGUGUGGUAAGGGGGGUGAAGGGCGGAAGUACGGAGAGGGAGCGGGCGAUGCAGGAGGCGCAGAGGGCAUGGGGGAUUUGGGAAGAGAUGCGACGACAGCAGCCCCAGCAGCCCCGGCAGCAGCAGCGCACCACAUUUCUGCAAGCACGGGCUGCACUGGCACGUACAGCAGCACCUGCUGCCAUCGCUCAGAGCUUGCAGGAGUUCAGACCGAGGACACAACAACCCACGGCUCUCCGUGCUGCACCCUCCGCAUCCCUCUCCACCCCUGUGUCCUCACCUGUGCCGCUUGUUCUUCCCAACCGCACGAGGGCAGCCGCGCUGCUGGCAGCAGCACAGAGGAAGUGGCUGGCGGAGUGCCGGGCGCGGUUUGCGGCGUUUGAGUUUCCAGCGGCAUGCACGGACAGAGUGACGGUGCAGUGGGAGGAUGUGGAGCGAUUGAAGCCAGAGCAGUUUCUCAAUGACACCCUCAUUGACUUCUUUCUCAAGCAUCUGAAGGUGCAGGCGUUGGAGCAGGGCCGCAUCGCCUGCUCCCUUGCUGGGCCCGACCAAUCACUGCCUCCACCACCACUGCCCCCAGCAGCAGCAGCAGCAGCAGCAGCAUCAGCAGGUUGUGGGAAGGCAGGUGGUGGCAGGCAGGCAGGUGGGGCGAGGCAGCCGCCCCCUAGAGUGCAUUUCUUCAACAGCUUCUUCUUCAAGAUGCUCAUCGGCGGGGAGAAGGACGACCCCUUCCCUCCCACCCGCGCUGCUGCUGCUGCUGCCACCCGCGCCAGUGCUGAUGCUGCCGCUGCAGUGGCAGAGGCAGCGAGGGAAGGAAGUGGGGGGGAGGAGGGGAAGGCGGCGCACUGGCGGGUGCACAAGUGGACCAAGGGGGUCAACCUCUUCGCCUGUGACUUUGUCUUCAUCCCUGUCAACCUCAGGUACCUCCAGGAGGAGUACCUCGUGCGCCCGAGGCAGGCGGAGGAAGGCGUUCCUGAGCGCAGGCGAGGAGUUGUGUGGCGAGCAGGUAAGCAUGUGGCAGUGCAGACACUGAGCGCAGGCAUAUUGUCGGCGGCGAAUUGUGGCUUCUCUUUAGGCGCUGCAGGGAUCAUCUCUCUACACGAAGCCUUGCUACUGAGAAUGCCUGUUUGGCUGGGUGUGAGUGUUCUGCUGACAUUGCUGCUUGAUGGUUGGUUAGGACUCCAUGGUGCAGUGUGGGCCGGCAUCUCUCAGGUCUUCAACUCCUUCCUCUUCAACUCCUUCCUCUUCAACUCCUUCCUCUUCAACUCCUUCCUCUUCAACUCCUUCCUCUUCAGCUCCUUCCUCUUCAACUCCUUCGUCUUCAACUCCUUCCUCUUCAACUUCUUCACUCUGCCUGCACGUGCAUGCACCCUUCCAUUGUCACCCGUUUUGCACCUUCCGUGCUCACACCCAACCAGUUCUCCCAUACCAGUCCCUUCCAGCCGACCCCACUGUCCUUCCUCUACUGUCCUUUCCGUUGCUGACGCCCGACUCAGCCACGCCCAUGCGGGCCGCCAUCCGCCGCACCGUGCUGCUGCGAGCUGGGCUGGCAGAUCUGGUGGCGAGAGCAGGAGCGGUGGGAAGAGAGAGAGGUGCUUGAAAGAGGUGCCUCCUGGUGGGAAGGAGGAGGAGGGGGAAGAGGGGGAUGUGGUGGAGGUGACAGCUGUGGGGAAGAGGAGGCGGGUGAGAUUGGCGGGGAGUGGCGCACAGGGGUGGGCGGAUGGUAGUGGGGAAGACAAGAGGGAAGGACAGAGGGGACAGGUUUCUCGGAGCUGGUUGUCGGAUGAGGUUGAUAUGGCGGAGGCGAGACGACGGCAGGGAGGAGAGGAAGAGAAGGAGGAUGGGCGAAUGGAAGAGGUGGGGUUGAAGGGUGGUGAGCAGGUGCGGGUGCCAAGGGGAUGCGGAAGAGAGGAGGAGAUGGGGGAGGAGGGAGGACAGCAAGGGACAGGCGAGGCGCAGGGAGAGAGCGGCAGAUGUAAGGAGUCGUAUUGGGUUCGAGGUGAUGCAGGUCAUGAGGUGGCAUGCGGAGAGCAUGAGCUGGCACGUGAAGGGCAUGUGUUGAUGAGUGAUUCACCCAACGAUGAUGAUGACACUGCUGCUGCUCUUCGUGCUCUUCCUCAUCCUCCGCCUCCUCCUGUUGCCACUGCUUCGGCUGCUGCUGCUGCUGCUGCUGCUGAAGAUGACAAUGAUGAUAAUGGCGUUGCUGUUAGCAAGGCGUGUGGUGGCACCGGUGUUAUUGCUUACAAGCGACGUAGUGGGCUGGGGAAUGAACACGCUGUUGUAGCAAGGAAGCCUGGUGAGGGUGGGAAGGCAUGUGGUGGUGGUGGUGUGGCUGCUACUGCUGCGACUGCUAGUGACGAUGACAAUGAUGGUAGUGGCGCUGCUGCUGGCAAGGCGUGUGGUGGCACCGCUGUUAUUGCUUACAAGCGGCGCCGUGGGCAGGGGGGAAAGCACGCAGCUGCCAGCGACGGUGGUUAUGCUGGAGCAAGCAAUGGCAAGACAUGUGGCAUGAGAGACGGGACGAGAGAAGGGACAAGAGGUAGGAGGAGAGAAGGAAAACGGUUGAAGAUUGAUCAGGUGGCACAUCAAGCAGGAAGGGAGGAAGAGGAACCAGAGGGGCAGAAGCAAGGGGAAGAGGCGAGAGAACGAGGGAAACGAGAGAAAAGAGGCGUAGGAGGAGGAGGGGAAGGAGGAGGAGGAGGAGGAGGAGGAGGAGGAGGAGGAGGAGGAGGAGGAGGAGGAGGAGGAGGAGGAGGAGGAGGAGGAGGAGGAGGAGGAGGAGGAGCAGGAGAAGGGAAAGGAGGAGGGGAAGGAGGAGGAGCAGGAGGAAGAGGAGGAGGGGAAGGAGGAGGAGGAGGGGGAGGAGGAACAGGAGCAGGAGGAGGGAAAGGAGGAGGGGAAGGAGGAGGAGUAGGAGGAAGGGAGGUGGGGAAGGAGCAGGAGGAGGAGGAGGAGGAGGAGGAGGAGGAGGAGGAGGAGGAGGAGGAGGAGGAGGAGGAGGAGGAGGAGGAGGAGGAGGAGGAGGAGGAGGAGGAGGAGGAGGAGAAGGUAAGGUGGAAGGGAAGGAGGAUGAGGCGCCCAGCAAUCUUCCACUCCCCCUCCCUCGCUCGCUCAGCAGUGUGUUCCGACCUUCCUUCAUCUCCCCGCACACUCCCUUUCCCUGACACGCCAACAGCACUCGCCGUGAGGCAAGCUAGCCACCCCACAUCACCCCCCACUCUCCCCCCUCUUCUUCCCCCCUUCCAUCCCAUCUCCUUUCGUGUCCCUCCCAUCUGGCAUCCUUUUCUUCCACUCCCUCCUGUCAUCUCCCUUGUCGCCACCCUUUCUUUCCUUUCCUCCCUCACUUAUUCCCUUCCCUACUUUCUCGUCCUCAUACCCAACAUCCUUCGCACCCCAUUCAGCUCUUCCAACGCCUGCCAGCUUUCAGCAUCUUUAUCCUGCCUCGGCAUAUGGCAUGGCGUGCAGGGAAGUGAGGUCGCCAGGGAGGUGAUGCGUGGAGCACGGAUGGAGCCAGUAUGGCUGGAGCGGGGACUACCCCCGCUUGCAUCUGAUGCCCCACUACUCUCAGCCAAUUUCUCCGUGUGUUUUGCCAACUCCCCCUUCACGUCAGCCAACUCCCCCUUCACCUCAGCCAACUCCGCCUUGACUGCUGCCAACUCUCUCACCCUCUCCUUCAUCGCAGCAGCAGCUGCCUCGUUCCUCUCCUCCGCAACGGCCAGCAUGUGCCGCAACUCAUUCACCUCCUCCUUGCGUGCAGCCAACUCCUCUAUCACUGGUGCCAGCGCCGCCUUUGUGAUCCACGGACUCAGCGCACUCAGCGCUCUCUCAGCAGCCAUUUAG